UCCAGGGGCUGAGGGCAACUCCCCACUGCCACACCGACCCCUGCGCCCCGCGGAUGCACCGGACCCACCCCAAGCAGCCCCCGCGCCGCCGUAGGCCGCCCGGGAGUCUCCGAGGGCCCGGACCACGCUGUCCAGAUGCGGGCGCCACUGUGCCUGCUGCUGCUAGUCGCCCACGCGGUGGACAUCCUUGCUUUGUACCGAAGGAAGAAGCAAGUGGGCACUGGCGCAGGGAGCAACUGCACGGGCUGCAUCAUCUGCUCGGAGGAGAAUGGCUGCUCUACCUGCCAGCAGAAGCUCUUCCUGCUCAUCCGCCGUGAGGGCAUCCGCCAGUACGGCAAGUGUGUGCAUGACUGUCCACUCGGCUUCUUCGGCAUCCGUGGCCAGGAGAUCAAUAGGUGCAAAAAAUGUGGGACCACGUGCGACAGCUGCUUCAGCCAAGACUUCUGCAUCCGUUGCAAGAGACGGUUCUUUCUACACAAGGGGAAAUGUCUACGCACCUGCCCACCAGGCACCUUGACCCAGCAGAACACCCGAGAGUGCCAGGAGGAAUGUAAGCUGGGACCCUGGGGCAGCUGGGGCCCCUGCAUGCAUGGCGGGAAGACCUGCGGUACCACCUGGGGCCUGGAGACCCGUGUACGUGAGACUGGGCAGGCUGGGAGGGAGGAAGAGGCCACCUGCCAGGUGCAAUCCGAGUCCAGGAAAUGUCCCAUCCAGAGGCCUUGCCCAGGAGAGAGAGCUGCCCGCCAGAAGAAGGGUCGGAAGGACCGGCGCCAGCGCAAGGACAGGAAGCUGGAGCGCAGGCCUGAUGGGAGGCCUCGGCAGCCUGACCUACAGUGACCACGCUCUGCUCUUGUCCUUCUCUUUGCUCAUUGUGGUCACCACCCCAACGCCUUCCUUCCCUUUUCCUGUCUGUGCUUCUCUUUUUUCCCUUCUCUUCUGGGUCAACUGACAUCUCAUGUUUUUCUUCUUCUGUUUUAUUUCCUUCCUCUCCAUUUCCUCACUUUUCUCCUCUCUUCCCGCUUUCCUUCCCUGCUUCCUCUUUUCUCUCUUACCCUUUACCUGUCUGCGCUUUCUUUAUUCUUCCUUCUGUCCUUUGUAUUCUUUGCCUUGUCUGUCUCUCUCUCAAUCCUCUCUCUACCCGCAUACACACAUUAAGAGGGAAAUGUUAAGUCUGUGCCUUCCCUGUGGUCUCUCUGCCCCUUAUAGAAAGCAAACAUCUUUCUGUGCAUCUUCCCUGAUUGGUUCUGACCCCUUCUUGCAAAGAAGGUUUUACCAGGGGGUAGCCCAGGAACAACAGGGUGAGUCCCCAGAUAACUGAACUCAGCUCUGAGCCCUUUGUUUUGUGUCCAUCCCACAUGGGCCAUUUUUUUUUCAGUCACCAGCUCACCUAGAAAGAGAUUUGGGGGCUUCCCAAGGCCCAGCCUGGACAUCUUGCCAGUGUGCAGUGGGAGGAGCCAUGUGCGGCUUCAGACCUACCAGGCCCAUCCUCCCCAGCCUUCCCUCCCCUCCCCUCUCUCACAGUUCUGUACCCCAUCUUUCUGAGUUUACCUUGGGAAACUUCCAAACUUGGGGAACUGAAUGCUGUUUCAGGUGGGACUGUCACCCCUAGGGAGCAAAUAGGUCAUCCCAGAAGAGGCCACUGAAGCUGCCAAGUCAUUCUAUUCUCCACCAUGAUGCCUCCUGCCUGUUUUACCAGAGCUGAAACUGAGACCUGGGAGAAAGGGACUCACCGAGGAACGUGUGGGGCCCUCGCUUGAUAGCUGCUGGGCUCAGCACAUCCUACUGAAAGGAAAUGGAAAGGGGCUCUCAAGGAGGAGAUGAAGGACACAGGGUGGGACAGCCUACUCACCUGGCCCAACUCCAACACCUGAGAGUUUAUGCUUUGCUGUGACCCCUUCUCCCCAGGCAGAAAGGACCCUGGAAGGAUCGAGAGAUCAAACUAAUCCACAGGUUGGUUUUCACUGCCUUCCAUUCCAUCUGAGAGGUAGAAAAUCACCUCCCCUACUCCUGGGCAGUGACUCUCAUACUCAUCCUCCACCUUUCUAGUUGGGGUUCGCAGCACUGCUGCCUGGCUCACUAAGGCUCACCCUCAUCUUGUCCCACCAGCUCCCCAAGGACAGCUAGAGCCCUCUUGGCUAGGCCACCAGCAAAAGUUUGUGCCUCUGAAAUGCUCUCUGGGUUUCUCAAACCCUGAACUUUUUUUUAAAUAAAAAGAAAGAAACAAGAAACUUGCAAAUGUAUCUUAGGCAUCAAGAGGGUUACAAAACCAUGAUGCUGAUGAGUUUGGAGUAGCACAAUCUAAACCAUGUGGGGUGGUUUCCACUGGAAUGCUCUGUGAAGAGGGGUUGAGGUGUAUGCAGAAUGAGCUGGGUUUCAACUGGGGGGGGUGCUGAAAAGAGAUGGGCCUCACCCUUUCAGGCCCCUCAAGAAUGCGACUCAGCCAGAGGCAGAAGAGGGCAGCACUGUCUGCCUGUGCCCCAGAACACCCCACCCCUACCGCCCUCUACCUCUUGAUUCACACAAGUGGCCUCAGGGGCCAUUUGGCUCAGUGUGGCUUCUCUGAGGGGUUAGGUCCUCUAGAAGGUGGACAGUCCCACGAAGCCAUGGGAAUGUCCUGGGCUGCUGGUAGAUGGCCUCAGCCUUGGUAGGCACAGGUGAGUCCCAAGGUUCCACCUGCCAGUGGUGGCGUCUCAGUUUCCCCAUUGGAUGGAUGAAGAGAAGAGAAGACUGGAAUGAAUGGACGGCCCACAUCUGGGAGGCCCAAAAUCAAACUCCAGGGGAUUUUAAAAAAUAAUUCAUAUCCAGGACCCCACCCGAGACCUACUAAUUGUGAGCAGAUUGAGAAGCAGACAGCGAAAGCAAACUUGAUUAUUCCAGGGCAAGCUGGGCUGGGCCCAAGGCAUCUCUUGGAUUACUUCAGCCCUGGAAUGCUAGGAGCUAGAUUUGAGGGCUGCAACUCAAACAGUUAAUUCUGUACAAAUCAAGCGUAUUUGCCUCUCGGAUUUGAAGAAUAAAAUUGGGAACAAAA